UCGGCGAGAAGUAUCGCGAGAGAGAGAGGGAGCAUAUCAGAGCUGUCUUCUUGAUUUUCUCUCUUCUUGUUUACACCUCCUUUUAUUCUCUCUCUAUAUAUACAUACAUACAAUCACAUAUAUUAAAGUCCUUGAAAAUCAAGAUUUCUUCGCUCUGUGUUGUUUGUUUUUACAGAUAAGCAUCAGAUCUUAUCUCUUUUCAUCUUCAAACAUCUCUGACAUUCUGAAUCACCACAAACCCGUGAAAGAGAUCUGAUUUUUAACACAGCCAGAUAAAAAAUUUCAUAAGUUUAAUCAAUAUAACGAAAGUUCACUUUUAAAAUUGGAUCCUUGUGAACGAUUGAAUAGUAAUCACAAUGUCGGUGGCUCAAAAUUCGAUUUUUCAACCAAAACCCGCCUCGAAUUUGUGUUCAACCACCAAGCCUAAGGCUAUUCUGAACCCCCAACUCAAUGUUUUGAGUCGGGUCGCGGUGAGAGCCAAAGCAAAAGCCAAGAAUUGUGGGUUUGCUUUGGAGAAGAACAGGUUUUAUGGGUCCAGAUUACGUGGGUCGGGUCAAGAAAGGCACCAUCUUUGGCAAUCUGAUGGACCCGGAAGAGCUCCAAAACUCAAAGUGGUGGUCAAGUCUUCAAUGUCUCAGGUGCCUGAAAAGCCUCUUGGGCUUUAUGAUUCAGCUUUCGAUAAGGAUUCUUGUGGGGUAGGCUUUGUUGCUGAGUUAUCUGGUGAAAGCAGCCGUAAAACGGUAAGGGAUGCAAUAGAGAUGUUGGUAAGAAUGGCACACAGAGGUGCAUGUGGAUGUGAAGCUAAUACUGGUGAUGGGGCUGGGAUUCUUGUUGCUCUUCCUCAUGACUUUUACAAGGAGGUUGCUAAAGAUGUUGGCUUUGAGCUGCCGCCAUUUGGGGAAUACGCUGUUGGCAUGUUUUUCUUGCCUACUUCUGAAAGCAGAAGGGAGCAAAGCAAAAUUGUAUUUACGAAGGUUGCUGAGUCACUUGGCCAUACUGUUCUUGGCUGGCGCUCUGUCCCAACUGAUAACUCUGGAUUGGGCCCGUCUACUUUACAAACAGAACCUGUUAUUGAACAAGUGUUUCUUACACCUACACCUAGGUCUGAGGUUGAUUUUGAGCAACAGCUUUACAUAUUAAGGAGAGUUUCGAUGGUAGCUAUACGAGCGGCUUUAAAUCUCCAACAUGGCAGCGUCAAGGACUUCUAUAUAUGUUCUUUAUCCUCGAGAACCAUUGUCUACAAAGGUCAGUUGAAGCCCAAUCAGUUGAAGGAGUAUUAUUAUGCGGAUCUUGGCAAUCAAAGGUUUACGAGCUACAUGGCCCUGGUUCAUUCACGGUUUUCGACGAAUACAUUCCCGAGCUGGGAUCGUGCUCAACCUAUGCGUGUUUUGGGACAUAAUGGAGAAAUUAACACGCUUCGGGGAAAUGUCAACUGGAUGAAGGCCCGGGAAGGUCUCCUUAAGUGCAGGGACCUUCAGUUGUCAAAGAACGAGAUGAAGAAGCUUCUACCAAUCGUAGAUGCAAGCUCUUCUGAUUCAGGGUCUUUUGAUGGUGUCCUUGAGCUUUUAAUACGAGCUGGAAGAAGUCUCCCAGAAGCUAUAAUGAUGAUGAUCCCUGAAGCUUGGCAGAAUGACAAAAAUAUGGAUCCUGAAAGGAAGGAUUUGUAUGAAUAUUUUUCAGCCCUAAUGGAACCAUGGGAUGGUCCAGCUCUAAUAUCAUUUACUGAUGGUCGCUAUCUCGGAGCUACAUUAGACCGAAAUGGAUUGCGUCCGGGCCGCUUUUAUGUCACUCACAGCGGACGAGUCAUAAUGGCGAGUGAAGUUGGGGUCGUUGAUAUCCCACCAGAGGAUGUAUCUAGGAAAGGAAGACUGAAUCCUGGAAUGAUGCUUCUUGUGGAUUUUGAGAAGCAUGUUGUUGUAGAUGAUGAAGCUUUGAAGCAGCAGUACUCAAAGGCACGACCAUAUGGAAAGUGGCUUGAAAGACAAAAGAUUACACUUAAGAAUAUUGUUGAAUCGGUUCGUGAGUCUGACAGGGUGUGUCCUCCUAUAGCAGGAGUCAUGCAAGCAUCAAAUAACGAUGACAACAUGGAAAACAUGGGUCUGCGUGGCUUACUGGCUCCCCUAAAGGCUUUUGGUUAUACUAUUGAAUCUAUAGAGAUGCUGCUGCUACCAAUGGCCAAAGAUGGUGUCGAGGCUCUUGGCUCGAUGGGGAACGAUGCUCCCUUGGCCGUGAUGUCAAACAGGGAGAAACUCAUUUUUGAGUAUUUUAAACAAAUGUUUGCUCAGGUUACGAAUCCUCCAAUUGAUCCUAUACGGGAGAAGAUAGUUACUUCUAUGGAGUGCAUGGUUGGUCCAGAAGGGGAUCUCACAGAGACCACCGAGGAACAAUGCCACCGUCUAUCAUUGAAAGGCCCCCUUCUAUCCAUCGAUGAAAUGCAAGCAAUUAAGAAAAUGAACUACAGAGGCUGGCGUAGCAAAGUUUUAGAUAUAACCUAUUCAAAGGAACGGGGCGGAAAUGGAUUGGAGGAGACACUAGAUAGGAUAUGUUUGGAAGCACAUAAUGCAAUUAAGGAGGGUUAUACUACUUUGGUGCUUUCUGAUCGAGCAUUUUCACCAAACCGAGUUGCUGUUAGCUCACUCUUGGCUGUCGGUGCUGUCCAUCAACAUUUAGUCAAGAAACUUGAGCGUACUCGUGUAGCAUUGAUUGUGGAAUCUGCUGAACCCCGUGAAGUGCACCAUUUCUGUACACUGGUAGGAUUUGGUGCAGAUGGUAUCUGCCCAUAUUUGGCUGUAGAGGCCAUUUGGAGACUUCAGGUUGAUGGUAAGAUCCCACCCAAAUCUAGUGGUGAAUUCCACUCAAAGGAAGAGCUAAUCAAAAAGUAUUAUAGAGCAAGUCAAUAUGGAAUGAUGAAGGUUCUUGCUAAAAUGGGUAUAUCGACGCUGGCCUCAUACAAGGGUGCUCAAAUUUUCGAGGCUGUUGGUCUUUCAUCAGACGUGAUGGAUAGGUGCUUUGCAGGAACUCCAAGUAGAGUAGAAGGUGCAACAUUUGAGGCUCUUGCUCACGAUGCACUUCAUUUGCAUGAUAUUGCAUUUCCAUCACGAGCAUUACCUCCCACAAGUGCUGAAGCUGUGGCACUGCCAAAUCCGGGCGAUUAUCACUGGAGAAAAGGUGGUGAGAUUCAUCUGAACGAUCCUCUUGCCAUAUCAAAGCUGCAAGAGGCAGCCAGGGGAAAUAGUGUGGCUGCCUACAAAGAGUACUCCAAGCGCAUACAGGAACUGAAUAAAUCCUGUAAUCUGCGGGGACUUCUAAAAUUCAAAGAAGCGGCUGUGCAAAUUCCUUUAGAGGAAGUAGAGCCAGCUAGUGAAAUUGUGAAGAGGUUCUGUACGGGAGCCAUGAGUUAUGGGUCCAUUUCACUGGAGGCUCACACCACCCUUGCUAUGGCAAUGAAUAAGAUCGGAGGAAAGUCGAACACAGGUGAGGGCGGUGAAAACCCAUCCCGUAUGGAGCCACUUUCAGAUGGUUCGAUGAAUCCUAAGAGGAGUGCAAUCAAGCAGGUAGCAAGUGGGAGGUUUGGUGUUUCCAGUUAUUACCUAACUAAUGCUGAUGAGCUUCAGAUAAAAAUGGCUCAGGGAGCAAAGCCUGGUGAAGGAGGGGAACUUCCUGGCCAUAAGGUUAUUGGGGAUAUUGCAAUCACUCGAAAUUCUACUGCUGGGGUGGGAUUAAUAAGCCCUCCUCCUCAUCAUGACAUCUAUUCUAUCGAAGAUCUUGCUCAACUGAUUUAUGAUUUGAAGAAUGCUAAUCCAGCGGCAAGAGUUAGUGUGAAAUUGGUUUCUGAAGCUGGUGUUGGAGUAAUUGCUAGUGGUGUUGUAAAGGGGCAUGCUGACCAUAUUUUAAUUUCCGGACACGAUGGAGGUACAGGGGCCUCUCGGUGGACUGGUAUUAAGAGUGCUGGGCUUCCAUGGGAACUUGGUCUUGCGGAGACCCAUCAAACUCUUGUUGCUAAUGAUCUCCGUGGCCGAACAGUUCUCCAGACUGACGGCCAACUUAAAACUGGAAGAGAUGUUGCCAUGGCUGCACUUCUUGGCGCAGAGGAAUUUGGUUUCAGCACAGCUCCUCUCAUAACUCUUGGUUGCAUUAUGAUGCGGAAGUGCCACAAAAACACUUGCCCAGUUGGCAUUGCAACUCAAGAUCCAGUUCUUAGAGAAAAAUUUGCUGGAGAACCUGAACAUGUCAUUAAUUUCUUCUUCAUGAUUGCUGAAGAAUUAAGGGAAAUUAUGUCUCAGCUUGGAUUAAGAACCAUCAAUGAGAUGGUUGGUCGAUCAGACUUGCUAGAAAUGGAUAAAGAUCUGAUCAAGGAUAAUGAGAAGCUUAAGACUAUCGAUCUCUCUCUAUUACUUAAACCGGCUGCUGAGAUUCGUCCGGAAGCAGCACAGUAUUGUGUAGAGAAGCAAGACCAUGGCCUAGACAUGGCUUUGGACCAGAAACUGAUAUCAUUGUCUGCACCAGCCUUGUCAAAAGGUCUUCCUGUGUAUAUGGAGACCCCUAUCUGCAAUACAAAUCGGGCGGUUGGAACAAUGUUAAGUCACGAAGUGACAAAGCGCUACCACAAUAUAGGCCUUCCUGCAGAUACUAUUCACGUUAAACUUAAUGGAAGUGCGGGGCAGAGCCUUGGAGCUUUUCUGUGCUCUGGAAUCAUGCUGGAGCUUGAAGGUGACAGCAAUGACUAUGUUGGAAAGGGAUUGUCUGGUGGCAAGAUUGUUGUGUACCCUCCCAAAGGAAGCAACUUUGACCCAAAAGAAAACAUCAUAAUAGGAAAUGUGGCUCUUUAUGGUGCAACAAAUGGAGAAGCUUACUUUAAUGGGAUGGCUGCUGAAAGAUUCUGUGUACGUAAUUCAGGUGCUAAAGCAGUUGUAGAAGGUGUUGGUGAUCAUGGUUGCGAGUAUAUGACUGGAGGGACUGUUGUUGUGCUUGGGAAAACUGGGCGCAAUUUUGCAGCUGGCAUGAGUGGUGGUAUAGCUUAUGUUUUCGAUGAGGAUUCCAAGUUCCGUUCUAGAUGCAAUGCUGAGCUUGUUGAUCUGGAUAAUGUUGAAGAAGAGGAUGACAUCACAACUCUUAGGAUGAUGAUACAGCAACAUCAGCGGCACACAGGCAGCCAGCUAGCCAAAGACGUGCUUUCGAACUUUGAUAAACUCUUGCCUUCAUUUGUUAAGGUCUUUCCAAGGGAUUACAAACGAAUACUAGCAAGCCUUAGGAAGGAGGAAAUUGCAAAAAGGGCUGCAGAAAAGGCUGCUAAAGAAGCUGAAGAGCAAGAAGAAGCAGAGUUAGUUGAAAAAGAUGCUUUUGAAGAGCUAAAGAAAUUGGCAGCUGCUAAUACCAUGAAUGAGAAAGCUAGUGAGGAAGUGAAGGCUAAAGUAUCAGACAGACCAUCUGAGGUAGCUGAUGCUGUCAAGCAUAGAGGUUUUGUUGCAUAUGAGCGUGCAGGAGUUUCAUAUAGGGAUCCCCUUGUUCGGAUGGGUGACUGGAAAGAAGUUAUGGAAGAGACAAAGCCUGGACCGCUUGUAAAGACACAGUCUGCUCGCUGUAUGGACUGUGGCACUCCUUUUUGUCAUCAAGAGAAUUCUGGAUGUCCUCUUGGAAAUAAAAUACCUGAAUUCAACGAGUUGGUGUACCAAAAUAGGUGGCGUGAAGCACUCAAUCGGCUUCUGGAGACCAAUAAUUUUCCAGAGUUUACUGGCCGAGUAUGCCCAGCACCGUGUGAGGGUUCUUGUGUGCUUGGUAUUAUUGAAAAUCCAGUUUCUAUUAAGAGCAUUGAGUGUUCGAUCAUCGACAAAGCCUUUGAGGAAGGUUGGAUGCUGCCCCGACCUCCACUAACGAGAACAGGGAAAAAAGUUGCCAUUGUUGGGAGUGGACCUUCUGGUUUGGCAGCUGCUGAUCAGCUAAAUAGAAUGGGUCAUUCUGUGACAGUCUUUGAGCGGUCCGAUCGAGUUGGGGGCCUGAUGAUGUAUGGAGUCCCAAAUAUGAAAACGGAUAAAAUUGAUGUUGUUCAAAGGCGGGUUGACCUUAUGGAGAAAGAAGGAGUGACAUUUGUUGUCAAUGCCAGUGUUGGCAAAGAUCCGUCCUAUUCCCUGGAUCGACUUCGUGAGGAGAAUGAUGCAAUAAUUUUGGCCGUAGGAGCUACAAAGCCAAGGGACCUUCCUGUUCCUGGAAGGGAGUUGUCAGGAGUCCAUUUUGCGAUGGAGUUUCUUCAUGCCAAUACGAAGAGCUUGCUUGAUAGCAAUCUUGAGGAUGGUAACUACAUAUCAGCCAAAGGAAAGAAAGUUGUUGUAAUUGGUGGAGGUGACACAGGAACAGAUUGCAUAGGGACCUCUAUUAGACACGGUUGCAAUAACAUUGUUAAUUUGGAGCUUCUUCCUGAGCCACCUAGAACAAGAGCACCGGGUAACCCCUGGCCACAGUGGCCUCGUAUAUUCCGUGUUGAUUAUGGGCACCAAGAAGCUGCUACCAAGUUUGGAAAAGACCCCAGGUCCUAUGAGGUAUUGACUAAGCGGUUCAUUGGAGAUGAAAAUGGUCUUGUGAAAGGACUAGAAAUAGUGCGCGUACAAUGGGAGAAGGAUGCCAGUGGAAGGUUUCAGUUUAAGGAAGUUGAGGGUUCGGAGGAGAUCAUCGGGGCUGAUUUAGUCCUCCUAGCCAUGGGUUUUCUAGGGCCCGAGUCGACUAUAGCGGACAAACUGGAGUUGGAACGAGAUAAUAGAUCAAACUUCAAAGCUGAAUAUGGCCGUUUCUCAACCAAUGUAGAUGGCGUGUUUGCUGCUGGUGAUUGUCGACGUGGUCAAUCAUUGGUGGUAUGGGCCAUUUCAGAAGGCCGACAAGCUGCUUCUGAAGUCGACAAGUACCUUCUUAGAGAGGAAAACAAUGUCGAUUCAGAUCGACUAGAUAAUACCACCAAUAGGCAGCAAGAUAGCAACAAGCAGACAGUAAUGACAAAGUAAAUUUCCUUUUAGUCAUUUUGGGUUUUCGGUUUUCAUAUACGAAUGAGGGAGUUAUCUUGAUGAGUUCCAUAUGGAGAUGAUUGUUGAAUCUGAAGAUGUUUAUGGGUAAGAAGAGGUUCACAAGUCGAUUCUUGUAGAUAACCAACAAUAGGAGAACCUUUCGAAGCUAAAAAGAAUUUUUAGAUUAGGGAGGGGGAUAAUGUCCUUUGUAAUCGGGGUAUUAUUAUCCUUUGCAGGUUGUUUUCGUGAUCUCUUCAUUUCCUUCUGGUAUUUCUUGUUUGAAAUGGUGGUUAAAAAUCCAUCACAAUAAAUACUGUAAAGCUUUUGGAUUUUGGUUUUAUAUCGUUAUCUAUUUAUCACCAGAUUAGUAGA